AACAUGAUGGCCACGGGACACAGUUUCGAAUCGCAAUGCGUAUGCGGCAUUCAUGGCAAAAUUUGUCUUUCAUAAAGCUCGAACGAUAAUUGAAGCUUUCUCUACAAAAUAUCUUAUUAUUAGACAAGGGGUUCCGUAGAACUUUACCGACUCCCAUUGGAAUUUCCUAAUAAAAGAUCUAGAAGGUUUCCAUAUAAAAGUUUCGCCAGACACUCUCUUAUCAAACAGAGUGUAUAUUCCUCCUGCUAUUUUAGUGUUUCUAAUAACGAAUAUAUGUUAUACAACCACAUAUUAUCAUUAAAUAUCAAAAAUAGUAAGCAUUAAAAAACCGACUAUAUGUUGCAAUUCAAUAAAUACGUGUUUUCCAAAAACUUUGAGAAUGCAAUUCAACAUUCGUUUCAAACGUAAUAAGAUAUAGUGAUAUAUGAUAUGUUAUAUACUUAUCAUCACAGCAAAACUGACGUGUACGUACGAACAGCCAGGUAACGCUCCUUUUAAGAAACAUGUUCCUUUUAAGAAACAUGUUUCAUGUGUACGCUACGAAUGCGCGGACCAUAAUGAAGAACGCGAAGACGUACUGCUUGGAAAAAUCAAUUGCGCUUGCGCGAACUUCGGUCAAGACAUCAUGCAAUGACUAUUUUCCUGUGAGAAAUAAAAUUCCUUUGUACUCUCGUUACGGCGCCAAAUUAAUCGAUUAAUCGCCCACUUUUCUCUCCUUUGCAAAUUGCGAGCAAAUUAUUUCUAUAGCACCUUACAUUACAUCUUGAUAUUUUAUGUUACUUUCUUCGGUAUAUUUCUGUUAAAUUAGAGAAUUUUGCAUUGGAAAAUACACAAGAAGAAAAAUAUCAUAUAAUAUUCUUUAUUCAAAGAAGAAAAUAGAUAAAAAUGCUUUAUCGCAGUAUAUCACUCCCAAAUGCGUGUGGAAGCUCGAACAAGACUGAUCUAUGUGAUAUGGAUACUCAAUUUCUUUAUAUUCAUCGACUUUCUAUGGUCGCAAUUGGGUUAUGGCCUUACCAUCGAACAAUGCUUGUUCAACUUCAGUGUUCUGUGUUUUCUCUUACUUUGAUUAGCUUUAUUAUAUUUCAGCUUACAACAUUUCUAACUACAGAAUGGACUAUUGACUUUAUUGUUGAAAUUCUCUCUAUAUCAAUUGUAAUUCUUAUAUGCACAAUACUUUAUAAUUCUGUUUGGAUCAACACGCAUGGUGUGAAGCGCAUAUUGAACAAUCUUCAGUACAUCUGCAGUAACUUAAAGGACGAAAAAGAAAUUGCCAUAAUAAACAGAUACGGAUACAUUGCAAAAUGUGCUACAAUUGGAAUGACAUUGUUCGUAAUGUGCUUUUUCUUCAUCGUAACUCUUUUGCCAAUUUUGCCGCGAAUUUUCGGCAUCUUUUUCCUCGUAAAUGAAUCCGAGCCAUAUCGCAACAUAUAUAUCAGGACUGAAUAUUUUGUCGAUGAAGAAAAAUAUUUUUAUUUUAUUUUGCUGCAUCUGUACGCAGUCCAGUACAUAGCUGGAGGUACAAUAUUAGCAACACAAACAGUUAUGCUGGGUUAUUUUAUAUUUUUUUGUGGAUUAUUUAACAUUGCCAGUUACCGUAUCGAACAGGCAAUGCGGAUUAGUGACGAAGUAACUAAUCGGAUGAACACGAGGCAGGUUAACAAGAAGAUAAGUCAUGCAGUGGACAUUCAUCGCACAACUCUUAAGGUUAUUAAAUUCUAUCUAUAUAACUUCGAGGACACAUGGUUUCUUCUAAUAGUGCUAGCUGUAAUUUGCUUGAGCCUUCAUCUGUUUGGAAUCUUUCAAGCUGUUUGUUUUGUAUUUAGGAUGGAAGAAUUAAUAUUACACUGUGGUUUUACGAUUGGCAUUUUACUAUGUUCAUUUGCAAGCAACUACAUGGGUCAAGCAAUUACAGAUCACUAUAAUUACAUAUUUUCAACCGCAUAUAACAUUCGAUGGUACGUUGAACCUGUACGCGUGCAAAGAUUAAUAUUUUUUCUUGUGCAAAGAGGAACUAAGCCUUAUGGCAUGAAAUUCGGUGGUCUUUAUACACUAUCUUUAGAAACCUUUGCGUCGACGGCGUUUACGGCAGUGUCGGCAUAGAGACCCUAGAAGUAAGAGACUGGCCAAGGUUUUCAAUUUCUGAUUGGCUGGAUACAUAAUGGCGGAAUAAUAAUGGCGGAACCAAUCAAUGACGAGCAAAUGUAAGCUUACUACAGAAGUAUCGCUCGUGUAAACGUAAUGAUAGUUGUAAAUACUAUUGAAAAAUAGAAAUAUGAAAAAUAAGAGUUAAAAUACAUUCAAUUGUUAGGAAAUAAUUAUAAAAAUGCUUGCGAGGUAUGUAUAAACAUGCAAUGUUCACUCCAUUAUGUGAAUAAAUAAAUUACGAAAUGUAA